AUGAUAAAUUGUCAAUUAAAUCUUUAUGAAAUAGAUAAAACUGUUCAUGAUAAUGUUUUAUAUUAUGAUUGUUUAUAUAAUUAUAUAAUUGAUAAAAAAUAUUCUUAUCAAGAUUUAUCAAAUGUAAUUAUUGAUUAUAUUCCAUAUUGUUUUCGACCAUUAAAUCAAACCAAAGAAUUAUUCUUUAUAAAUAAUGAAAAAUUAACAUUUGAACAAUUCUAUCUAAAAAAUAUCAGUUCAUUUGAUCUUCUUUCUUGGUCAUAUCCAAUUGAUUUAAUUGAAACUUAUGAACUGUAUUUAAAUAAUAAAAAUUUAUCCAACAAAAUAAUUUCUAAUUGUACUCAACCAUGGUUUGGUUUACAAUGUCAAUAUUCAUUUGAAUUUACUGAACAAAUGUCAUUAAAUAAUAUUAUUUUAAAACAAUUUCAAAAAAAAUCUUCGUAUAAAGAUUUAACUCGAGAUAUAAAUGAACUUCCAUGUUAUAUUCAUUUAAAAUGUUAUUCCAAUGGUUUAUUAUUAUGUAUUGAUUGGCGUGAAAUCUGUAAUGGAUAUAUUGAUUGUAUUGAUAAUUAUUUUGAUGAAUUAUAUUGUUUUCAUAUGGAAAUAAAUCAAUGUGAAUUAAAUGAAUAUCGUUGUCAUAACGGUUUAUGUAUUCCACAAGAAUUUAUUAAAGAAAAUAAUCCAAAUUAUGCUUUUUGUCUUGAUCGAUCCGAUGAAUAUGCUGAUCUUUCAUAUCAAAAUAAUUGUUUUCAACAAUCAACAUUUCGUUGUGAAGAACAUUCAUGUCGAACAAAUUGGCAUCAAUAUCCGUGUGGAGAUGGGCAAUGUGUACAAAAAUAUGAUCAAUGCCAUAAUGGAAGACAUUUAUUAUUAAUUCAAUCAAUAUCGAUUGAAAAAAAUCUAUCAAAGAAAUGUUUUAUGGGUAUGAUCUGUUUAACAAAGCUUACUCAAGAUAUCUAUGGAAUAUUAUGUGAUGAAAUAAUUGAAAAUAUAAAUGAAUAUUUAAAAUAUUGUGAAAAAAUAUUUCAAUUUCCAUUAAAUCCUGUUCAUUUUGGUCAUAUUAGAUUUUUAUAUGAAAAUAUAAAUUUAAAAACCAAUGAAAAUUAUUUAAUAAUACCUGAUUAUAUAUGUUAUGAUGAUGAAUUAUGUGAUUGUUUUAUUCCUGAUCUAAUUUAUAAUAAUUUAACUUGUUUAAAAAGUACAAAAUUCGAUUUCUUUUCAAGUAUUAGUGGAAAUAUUUGGAUUGAUAUUAUAUUAAUAAUUGAUUCACAUUUUCGUUCAUGUUUAAACUCAAAAGAAUUUUUAAAUAAUAAAAAUUCCACAUCAUUAUAUCAAUGUAAAAAUUCAUCAAAAUUAAUUUCAAAAGAUCGUAUUAUUGAUGAAAAUCUUGAUUGUUGUAUGGGUGAUGAUGAAGAUAAUAAGAAUGAAUAUAGUUGUUCAAUUAAUAAUAAAUAUCGAAUAAAAUGUUUUAAUGAAAAUAAAUGUUUAUCAUCAUUACAUACACAAGAUGAUUGUUUAUUAAAUGAAAAAAAUUUUGAAAAAAAAAUUUUAUUUCAAAAUAUUUGUGAUGGUUUAGGUGAAUUGAUUUUUCAAGAUUUAAAAACUCAACAAAUCUAUACAGAUGAAUCACAAUGUAAUUAUUGGCCAUGUAAAAAUCUUUAUACUCGAUGUGACGGUUAUUGGACAUGUAGAAAUGGUGAAGAUGAAGACAAUUGUUUUCAAACACAUUGUCCAAAACAAACAUUUUCAUGUUUAGCAUUAUUUAAUUAUUCAUUAAUUUGUUUAGAAUCAACUAAAGUUAAUGAUGGAAUUAUUGAUUGUCUUGGGUCCAUGGAUGAAAUGGAUUUUUGUCGACGUGUUUAUCCAUCAGAAAAGAAUCCAAAACGUUUUCGUUGUCAAAAUAGUGAUGUGUGUUUAUCGAUAUUUGAUCUUUGUAAUAAUAUACAAUCAUGUCCACAGGGUGAUGAUGAAAUUUUUUGUCAAAAUCAACAAUUUUUAUGUCAACAUAAUUCAUCGUUUAAUUAUUCAUUGAUUGAAAAGAUUUUUUGUCAUUUAAAUCAAUUAGAAACAAAUAAAAUUAAAUAUUUUUCAAUUUAUACAACCUUAAAUUAUCCUCAAGUAGAAACAAAUGAUACAAUUGAAUGGCAUAAUGAACAAAAUUUAAUUGAAAAUAUUGAUAAUUUAGAAAAAAAUUCUUCUUUAUCCGCAUGGUCUUGUAAUCGUGGACUUAUUGUUCGUAUAAGAUCUACAAAUGAAUAUCGAUGUAUGUGUCCUCCAAGUUAUUAUGGAAAUGUAUGUCAAUAUCAAAAUGAAAGAGUUAGUUUUACAUUAGGUUUAGUUCAAUCUUCACGAGAUGAUGUUUAUAUUAUUCUUAUUAUAUUAAUUAAUAAUAAAUCAAAAGAAAUUCAAUCCUAUGAACAAUUAGAAUAUAUUCCAAGUCAAAGUUGUGAAAUAAAAUAUAAUAUUUAUUUAUUAUAUUCACAAAGACCAAAAAAUCUUUCAACUAAUUAUUCUAUACAUAUUGAUAUAUAUGAAAAACAUGAUUUAACAUAUCGUGCAAGUUGGUUUGUAUCAAUACCAUUUCUUUUCUUACCUGUUAAUCGAAUAUCUGCUUUAUUAUUUAUUCCGUCGGAGUCAUCAUCAGUUUUAUCAAAUUGUCCAAUCAAAUGUCAACAUGGUCAUUGCAUUAAAUAUCUAAAUAAUGAAGAAGAAUUUUUCUGUCAAUGUUUACCUGGUUGGUCAGGUUAUAAAUGUAAUAUUAAAAUAAAUUGUCAAUAUUGUUCAUUAAAUUCUUUAUGUAUUGGAAUAAUAAAUAAUCGUUCGAUAUGUUUAUGUCCUUUAAAUAAAAUCGGACCUCGAUGUUUAAUAAAUUCUUCCUGUCGAAAAAAUGCAUGUCAAAAUCAUGGUCAAUGUAUUUCUUCAAAUUUAAUAAAUAAAAAUUCAUCAUGUAUUUGUUCUACACAAUACUAUGGUCCAAAAUGUGAAUAUAAAAAAGCACAACUUGAUAUUUAUUUAGAAAAUUUUCAGAUUCCAUAUUAUUUAAUCGCUUUUUUCUUCACACUAUCAAAUCAAUCUGAACCAACAUUAACAAUAAUGAUACAAAAAUUAACACUUUUUCAACAUGUAAUAACAUUUUAUAUAUCAAUUCCAUAUCAUAUUGUUAUUAUAAAAUCAAAUGAAAAAUAUUAUUUUGCAGUUAUACAAUCAACGCCAAAUAUGUAUAUUAAAACAAAAGUAAAUCCAUCACGUGAAUGUUAUCCAAUUGAAUUAUUAUUUAAUUCAACAUUAAUGAAUUUAUCACAUUUUCAACGAAUGAAAUAUUAUCAUAUUUUAUGUGAAUUAAAUCGAAAUUUAAAUUGUUUUAUUGAUGAAUAUUAUCUUUGUUUAUGUACAAAAGAUCAUCAUGCAAAUUGUUUUCAAUUUAAUUUUAAUAAAAACCUUUAUUCAUGUUCAUCAAAAUUAAAAUGUUUAAAUGAUGGACAUUGUUUACAAGAUCAUCCAACAUGUCCAUCAACAAUAAUAUGUGUUUGUUCAAAUUGUUUUUAUGGUAAUCAAUGUCAAUUUUAUUCCAAAGGUUUAGGUUUAACAUUAGAUGAAAUUUUAACAUAUGAAAUAAAAUCAAAUAAAAAUUUCUUUCAACAAACAUUAACAAUUCAAUUAAGUGCAUUAAUAACAAUUAUUAUAUUUCUAGCUGGAUUAUUUAAUAGUAUUUUUUCAAUAUUAAUAUUUAAAAGAAAUACUUGUCAAGAAGUUGGCUGUGGAAUUUAUCUUCUGACAUCAUCAAUAAUAUCAUUAUUUGUUAUUAUUUUAUUUAAUUUUAAAUUUUGGUUUCUUAUUUAUUCUUAUGAAAAAAGAAUUCGUUUUCUAAAUUGUAUUAUUAUUGAACCAUUAUUAAAACUUUUAUUAAAUAUCGAUAAUUGGUUAAAUGCUUGUGUUGCUUGUGAAAGAGCAUUUGCUGUAUUUAAAGGAAUUUCAUUUCAAAAGAAACAAAGUAAAUAUAUUGCUAAAUGGAUAAUUAUGUGGAUUAUUUUAUUAAAUAUUCUUCUUCUUAUACCAUUUAUAAUAAAUUUACAAUUAUUUUAUGAUAAAAAAGAAGAACGUAGUUGGUGUGUGAUUUUUUAUUCAAAAUUAUUAAAUGAUUAUAAUUCAUUUAUAUUAUUUUUUCAUUUUUUUUCACCAUUUUUAUUAAAUUUAUUCUCAGCAUUAUUUAUUAUAAUAACAACAGCUCAACAAAAAGUUCUUGUACAAAAUAAUAAUCAAUUUACACAUUCAUUUAAAAAUAAAUUAAAACAACAUAAACAUUUAUUAAUAAGUCCUUGUAUUCUUCUGAUAUUAUGUUUACCACGUUUAAUUAUUUCAUUUACUUUAAAUUGUAAAAAAUCUACUUAUCAUUUUUAUUUCUAUUUAGCAGCUUAUUUUAUCUCAUUUCUACCAUCAAUAUGUAUAUUUAUUGUUUUUGUUUUACCAUCACCAAUUUAUAAAAAAGAAUUUAAACAAAUUUUAUCGAGUAUUCAACGACUUCGUAUUUUAUCUAACAAACAUUCUUAA